GAGGAGUCCUCCCUUGCCAUGGGGCUGGAGGCCCAGAGGCUGCCAGUGGCUGAGGAGGCCCCAGUGACAGUGGCCCUGAGAGUCCGCCCACUGCUGCCCAAGGAGUUGCUGCAUGGGCAUCAGAGCUGCCUGCAGGUGGAGCCAGGACAUGGCCGCGUCACCCUGGGCCGCGACCGCCACUUUGGCUUUCAUGUGGUGUUCGCCGAGGACACCGGACAGGAGGCUGUGUACCAGGCUUGCGUGCAGCCCCUCCUUGAGGCCUUCUUUGAGGGCUUCAAUGCCACAGUCUUUGCCUAUGGCCAGACGGGCUCCGGGAAGACAUACACCAUGGGGGAAGCCAGUGUGGCCUCCCUCCACGAGGAUGAGCAGGGCAUCAUUCCAAGGGCCAUGGCCGAGGCCUUUAAGCUUAUUGAUGAGAACGACCUGCUGGACUGUCUGGUGCAUGUGUCCUACCUGGAAGUGUACAAGGAGGAGUUCCGAGACCUGCUCGAAGUGGGCACUGCCAGCCGUGACAUCCAGCUUCGGGAAGAUGAGCGUGGGAAUGUUGUGCUGUGCGGGGUGAAGGAAGUGGACGUGGAGGGCCUGGACGAGGUGCUGAGCCUCCUGGAGAUGGGCAACGCGGCGCGGCACACGGGGGCCACGCACCUCAAUCGCCUGUCCAGCCGCUCACACACGGUCUUCACUGUGACCCUGGAGCAGCGGGGGCGCGCCCCCAGCCGCUUGCCCCGGCCGGCCGCGGGCCAGCUGCUGGUCUCCAAGUUCCACUUUGUGGACCUGGCGGGCUCAGAGAGGGUGCUCAAGACAGGCAGCACCGGCGAGCGGCUCAAGGAGAGCAUCCAGAUCAACAGCAGCCUCCUGGCACUGGGCAACGUCAUCAGCGCCCUGGGGGACCCCCAGCGGCGAGGCAGCCACAUCCCCUACCGCGACUCCAAGAUCACCCGGAUCCUCAAGGACUCGCUGGGCGGAAACGCCAAGACGGUGAUGAUCGCCUGCGUCAGCCCCUCGGCCUCCGACUUCGACGAAAGCGCCUCGGCCGACGAGCAGGCCGCGCAGGGGCCCGGCGGGCGAAAGGAAGAUGAGGGGGCACAGCUGCUGACACUGCAGAGCCAGGUGGCGCGGCUGGAGGAGGAGAACCGAGACUUUCUGGCUGCGCUGGAGGACGCCAUGGAGCAGUACAAAUUGCAGAGCGACCGUCUGCGUGAGCAGCAGGAGGAGAUGGUGGAGCUGCGGCUGCGACUGGAGCUGGUGCGGCCUGGCUGGGGGACCCUGGAGCUCCUGCAGGGCCUGCCUCCUGGGUCCUUUGUGCCUCGGCCUCAUACAGCCCCCCUGGGAGGUGCUCAUGCCCAUGUGCUGGGCAUGGUGCCCCCUGCCUGCCUUCCUAGAGAUGAAGGUGGCCCUGAGCAGCAGGGAGAGAUGACGAGUGGCAGGGAGGCCAGAGCUGAGGUGGACAGGCUGGGAAGCGGCUCUUCAGCUGCCUCAGAAGAGGAAGAGGAGGAGGAGCCACCCCGGCAGACCUUGCACCUGCGCAGAAAUGGGAUUAGCAACUGGAGCCGGAAGGCGGGGGCCCGCCCAGGGAGUUCUCCAGACAGGAAAGGCCCAGAGCUUUGUCUUGAAGAGCUUGAUGCAGCCAUUCCAGGUCCCAAAGGGGUUGGCGGGAACAAAGCCCAGGUUCAGACCCAUCGGGCCUCCACUUCCACGGCCUCUGAGUGGCGGCUGGCCCAGGCCCAGCAGAAGAUCCGGGAGCUGGCCAUCAACAUCCGCAUGAAGGAGGAGCUCAUUGGCGAGCUGGUCCGCACAGGGAAGGCGGCGCAGGCCCUGAACCGCCAGCACAGCCAGCGCAUCCGGGAGCUGGAGCAGGAGGCGGAGCGGGUGCGGGCAGAGCUGAGCGAAGGCCAGAGGCAGCUGCGGGAGCUGGAGGGCAGGGAGCCCCAGGACGCUGGCGAGCGGUCUCGGCUGCAGGAGUUCCGCAAAAGGGUCGCCGCGGCCCAGAGCCAGGUGCAGGUGCUGAGGGAGAAGAAGCAGGCAACGGAGCGACUGGUGUCACUGUCGGCCCAGAGUGAGAAGCGGCUGCAGGAGCUUGAGAGGAAUGUGCAGCUCAUGCGGCAGCAGCAGGGGCAGCUGCAGAGGCGGCUUCGUGAGGAGACAGAGCAGAAGCGGCGCCUGGAGGCAGAGAUGAACAAGCGGCAGCACCGCGUCAAGGAGCUGGAGCUGAAGCAUGAACAGCAGCAGAAGAUCCUGAAGAUCAAGACAGAAGAGAUCGCGGCGUUCCAGAGGAAGAGGCGUAGUGGCAGCAAUGGCUCUGUCAUCAGCCUGGAGCAGCAGCAGAAGAUCGAGGAGCAGAAGAAGUGGCUGGACCAGGAGAUGGAGAAGGUACUGCAGCAGCGGCGGGCACUGGAGGAACUUGGGGAGGAACUCCGCAAGCGGGAGGCCAUCCUGGCCAAGAAGGAGGCCCUGAUGCAGGAGAAGACCGGGCUGGAGAGCAAGCGCCUGCAGUCCAGCCAGGCCCUCAACGAGGAUAUCGUGCGCGUUUCCAGCCGGCUGGAGCACCUGGAGAAGGAGCUCUCUGAGAAGAGCGGGCAGCUGCGGCAGGGGAGCGCCCAGAAUCAGCAGCAGAUCCGUGGGGAGAUCGACAGCCUGCGCCAGGAGAAGGACUCGCUGCUCAAGCAGCGCCUGGAGAUCGAUAGCAAGCUGAGGCAGGGCAGCCUGCUGUUGCCUGAGGAGGAGCGGACACUGUUCCAGUUGGAUGAGGCCAUCGAGGCUCUGGACGCCGCCAUCGAGUACAAGAAUGAGGCCAUCACAUGCCGCCAGCGGGUGCUUCGGGCCUCAGCCUCGUUGUUGUCCCAGUGUGAGAUGAACCUCAUGGCCAAGCUCAGCUACCUCUCAUCCUCAGAGACCAGAGCCCUACUCUGCAAGUAUUUUGACAAGGUGGUGACACUCCGAGAGGAGCAGCACCAGCAGCAGAUCGCCUUCUCGGAGCUGGAGAUGCAAUUGGAGGAGCAGCAGAGGCUGGUGUACUGGCUGGAGGUGGCCCUGGAGCGGCAGCGCCUGGAGAUGGACCGCCAGCUGACCCUGCAGCAGAAGGAGCACGAGCAGAACAUCCAGCUGCUCCUCCAGCAGAGUCGAGACCACCUCGGGGAAGGGUUGGCAGACAGCAAGAGGCAGUACGAGUCCCGGAUUCAGGCUCUGGAGAAGGAACUGGGCCGCCACAUGUGGAUCAACCAGGAACUGAGGCAGAAGCUCGGCAGCAUGAAUGUUGCAGGCCAGGGCAGGGGUGGGGAGAAGAGGAGCCUCUGCUUGGAGAGCAGACAAGCCCCUGGCAAUGAAGAGGAGCCCCACCCGGCACCUGAGCUUCUCCGGCUGUCCCCCCUCACUGAUGGGGCCCCCCGUGCCCGAGAGGAGAUGCGGGAUUUGGUCCAUGUGCCAUUGCCCUUGACCUGGAAACGCUCAGGCCUGUGUGGCGAGGAGCAGGGUUCCCCGGAGGAACUGAGGCAGCGGGAAGCAGUUGAGCCCCUUGUGGGGCGGAUGCUGCCUGCAGGUGAGAUGGGACUGCCCUGGAACUUUGGGCCUUUGCCCAAGCCCCGGCGGGAACUACGGAGAGCCAGUCCUGGGAUGAUUGAUGUCCGGAAGAACCCCCUGUAGCCCCUGGGGCAGACCCUGCCUUGGAGGGAGAUUCCCAUCCUGCUGAAAGGUGCUGAUGCCUGUUCUGCUUCUGUGAAGAACAGUCCUUACCUCAACACCCUAAACCCAAACUCUCAGCUUUACACGAAUUGGAGUCGACAAAUUUGGGUCACAGCCCAAAAGAGCUGGACUCUCAGUUUUAAAAAUAAUAUGCGACCGUU